GCUGCUGGCCGGGCAUCAUCUUAAGAGAGAAGCUGGAAUUCUGCAUUGUGUAAACGAGCUGAUGGACGAAGAUGAGAAGGACAGGGCAAAGAGGGCAUCACGCAACAAGUCAGAGAAGAAGAGAAGAGACCAGUUCAAUGUCCUCAUCAAGGAGCUGUGCACCAUGUUACAAGGCCAUGGCCAUCCUCUCAAGAUGGACAAAUCCACCAUUCUGCAGAGGACCAUUGACUUCUUACAGAAACAGAAAGAAAUCACAGCACAGACAGAGGCCUGUGAGAUUAGACAAGACUGGAAGCCUUCGUUUCUUAGCAAUGAGGAGUUUACCCAGUUGAUGUUAGAGGCAUUAGAUGGGUUUCUCAUUGCACUAACCACUGAUGGGAUUAUUAUUUAUGUAUCUGAUAGUGUCUCUUCUCUUCUUGGGCAUUUACCGUCAGAUUUGGUGGACCAAAAUAUAUUAAACUUCCUGCCUCAGUGUGAACAGAGCGAUGUGUACAAGCUGCUUUCCCCACACAUGCUUGUAUCAAACCCCGUGGCAGCAGAUUUCCUAAACACUGAAAAGCAGAUAGAAUUUUGUUGUCAUUUAGCCCGAGGAAACUUAGAUCCAAAUGAACCUAUUACAUAUGAAUAUGUGAAAUUUGUAGUGGAUUUCAAAUAUUUUACUCAUGUGCCUACAUCCUCUUACAAUGGAUUUGAGUCUGCCAUUGCCCGAGUGUUCCGGUCAGCCAAUGAAGAGCAGGUCUGCCUGGUAGCCACAGUCCGUCUUGUAACUCCGCAGUUCUUAAAGGAACUUUGUAACGUGGAAGAACCAUGUGAAGAAUUCACGUCAAGACACAGUCUGGAAUGGAAAUUUUUGUUUCUAGACCACAGAGCCCCACCUAUUAUAGGUUACUUACCCUUCGAGGUGCUCGGGACUUCGGGUUACGACUAUUACCAUGCUGAUGACCUGGAGAUUCUUGCUAGGUGCCAUGAACACUUGAUGCAGUUUGGAAAAGGAAAGUCUUGCUACUAUCGAUUCUUGACCAAGGGCCAGCAAUGGAUAUGGCUGCAAACCCAUUAUUACAUCACUUACCAUCAAUGGAACUCCAAGCCUGAGUUUAUUGUCUGUACCCACACGGUAGUUAGUUAUGCUGAGGUUCGAGCUGAAAGAAGAAGAGAUCUUGGCCUUGAGGAGUCGUCCAUUGAACUAGCAUCUUCAUCUUUGAAGAGUCACGGAAGUUUCAUUGAUAUCCGGCAGUGUGUAACCAACCAGGAGCCCACCCGGGAAAGGGUGUCUGUGUCAUCUCAUAGUUCCCGCCGAUCCUCGCACACAGCACUCUCUGACUCUGCAUCCACAUCAUCCAUACGCCGCACCGAUGCCAGCACCCCUACCAGACAAUCAUUGCCCAUGUCUGACAAGACACCUCUCCGGCUGGCCUCAAGCAGCAGCACACAGGGCAUAAUAACCCCUCAUACGCCCGCUGAGCAUCUCACACAGCAGCACAUGGCACAGCCCACGGUUCCCGCACAGCAAGCAGUUAUGCCUGUGUAUCACUUCCCAGCCCAGAUCGGGAUGAUGCAUCAGCUGAAGGAGCAGCUGGAGGAGAGGACCCGCAUCCUGCAAGCUGACAUCAAGACACAGCAAGAGGAGCUGCAUGUCAUCAAAGAGCAGCUUAUGCUAGUGCACGACUCCAACCUACAGAUGUUGAUGCAACAGCCGAUGCCAAUGGUCUUCAACAACGUGCAGCAACCCCAGAACCCACGAAGGCCUUCUCAGCAACAAGCAGCAGCAAUGGGGAGCAGGCACGGGGCGGCCCCCAAGAAGUUGCAGCAGCAAGGCCUUAUGGGAGCCAAGCAAUUCUGUGGCACGCCCUCGCCACGGCAGUUCCGCAGGGAACAUUGUGUCACGUCGUCCCAGGUACAGCAACAGCAGCCACCGCAGCAAAAGCACAUCCUGAGAGGGAACCCGAUCCAGCAGGCAUGCUUGCCAAUGCAGAUGAGCAUUUCAAUGCCCCUCUACAAUAACCCCAUGGUGUUCUCUCAGACGCGCCCCAUCACUGUGUCUACUCCAAUGCCGGCUGAAAUGACCGAGAGGCAGCAGCAGCAGCCUGACUACAGCCAAGAUCGGAGUCUACGGUACUGGACAACUUCUUUGUUUCUGAAUUAA